UUUCUACGAUCAACAUACAUACGUACGUACUUACUAUAUAUAUUUUCAAACCAAAAAUCAAUUAAUUUACAGAUCAGUGUAUAACAAUGUUGCUGCAUCCUGAUAUGCGGAGAACAUUGAUCAAGGUUAUCGUCCUCGGUGAUGUUGCGGUCGGCAAGACCUCUUUAAUUACUAGAUACGUGCACAAGAAAUUCAAUCAGCAAUACAAGGCAACAAUUGGGGCAGAUUUUGUGACGAGGGAAUUGCAAAUUGAGGGCAAACUGGUUAGCCUACAGAUAUGGGAUACGGCAGGGCAGGAAAGGUUUCACAGUUUAGGACCUGCAUUUUUUAGAGGAUCAGAUUGUUGUGUUUUAGUAUAUGAUGUGAAUGACCAAAAAUCAUUUGAAGCCCUUCAAAGUUGGCGUCAUGAAUUUAUCAAACAGACAGAUAUCCCUGACCCGACAAAGUUCCCUUUCGUGGUCAUUGGAAAUAAGAUUGAUCGAGAUGGUGGAGCUAGUCGCAAGGUGGAAGAGAAAAGAGCAAAAGAGUGGUGUGGGUCUAUAAAGUCGGGGCCAGAAUCAAGCAGCAUUCCUUACUAUGAGACUUCAGCAAAAGAGGAUGUUAACAUAGAUGAUGCCUUUUUCAAUAUUGCUCUUGCUGCACUAUCUCAUGACCGUUCACAGGAAUUAUACUUUGAAAGUAUAACAGAGUCAGGUUCUCUAUCAGAAAUAGUCGAACCUAGAGGAGGAUGCCCUUGCUAAACUAAUUUUGCUUCAUCGCGCUCUCCGUACUUUAUAACUAUUGAAAUUAACUUGUUUGAUUCUUUUUAGUUAAAUGUACACACAUUUUGCUUUCAUUGUAAACUUCACGAAACAAAAAUGGAGAUAUUUUAUUCA